UACAAGUUUUGUUUUCCCAAAGUCAAGUCAAAAUAAACAAAGUUUGAAUUUGACAAGAUUUAUAGCUAUACAGGAAUUUAUUAUUAAACAAGAAUAAUGGAGCUUAAACAUCGAGAUAAAUCUACCUUACAAUCAAAUGUAGCUUUGACUUUUCCAAAGAUAUCUAAUUACAAAGCAUGUCAAGAUUAUUUUCUAUCGAAAUUGAUGACCCACAGGAAGAAAGUUCCAUCUGAGGACAACAUCAAUAGAAAUGUAAGUAUAGAACAUCACUUUGCUAUGAAAAAAUUGGUAGAUUCUGAACAGAGAUUGAAACAUAGAAGGGAAUUGGCUGACAAACAGAGACUGAAUCUGGAGGAGCAAUGGAAAGAUCUCAUGGAGAAAGAAGAUCAUUUCAGAGAAAACUUCAUAUAUUUUAGUAAGUUUGUACAUGAAAAUAUAGAAAAAAGAGAAAGAGCUCUGCAAAAAAUUGAUAAAAUGAAAGAGAUACGAGAGGAAAGAGUGCAAAAAAUACAUGAAAUGGCUGGUGAAUGUUAUCAUAUGCAAGAACUAAAGAAGACUAUGGACAAGUGUAUAGCCAAGAUGAACAUUUAUGAGAAUUUUUUGAGUAAGGUUGUUGACAGUGUUCCAAAUGAAUUCAAUGAUGUUGUAGAUAUACUCAUGAGGUAUGAAGCACUUAUGGAUGCUCAAGCAGAAUUGCUACGUAUGCAAGAAAUGGAUAUGCAACGACUAGAAAAAUUUAAAACCAAUUUUGAUGAACUGGUAGCUGAUAAAUACGUUAAAAUUGCCUGUUUGAAAACUGAACUCUCUGAUAUCGAGGCAUGCUAUGAGGCAGCCCAUUCAAAUUGUCAAAAAUGGGAGAAUAUUCACCACAUUGUAAUACUGGAAACUCAAAAAAAGCUGAGUGAAAUAGAAGCCGUUAAAGAUUCAUGCUGGCAAAUCUAUAAGGAUAUUUGCGAUAGGAAGGGAUUACCAACAAUUUAUAAAAAUAAUUAUGCUAAACAAUUUGAAAUAAUAAAAAAAGAUCUGCUGCAGUGCAAACUUGUUAACGAGAAGAUAGUUUCAAUAGAAGACGAAAAAUUAAGAUUAUCAGAAAAGGCCUGUCCUUCUAAUGGAACUAUUUUUUUUCUGAUGAAAAUUUCACAUGGAAAAAUGAAAAACGAACGAUCUCCCCGUAUCACUUUUCCCAAAAUUAAGCCUCAAGAUGCAGUGUUGGACUAUAUUCAAUCAAAAAAUAUGGAAAAGUUGGAUAAAUUAUAUCCAGAAUUCGAUGUUGUUCGGCAAAAUGACCCAUUCUCUAAUUUAGCUCUUCUUGAAAUUAAGCUGAACAAAACUGAAAGAGUGCUUCGCCAAAAGAGAAAAACUUUAGUUGAAGCCAGAACAAAUCUCGAUAAACAGUGGAAGGAAUUGGAUGAAAAAGAGAAAUCAUUAAGAGAAAACUUUAAACAUUUCGAUCAGUUUGUGAGGGAGAACAUGGAGAAAAGAGAGCGAGCACUGAAGAAGAUGAAAGAUGAUGUAGCUCUGAAGGAGCAAAGAAGGAACGAUAUACAAAUCUGUUUACUAAAUUAUAUUGAAAUGAAGCAAGCAAAAUUUGACAUGGAUGCAAAAAUUAAAGAUUAUCGCCUAUAUGAAGAUUUUUUAAAUAAAGUUGUAGAACAUUCAGAAGAAUUCACCAGUAUCCAGGAUAUGAUCAAUCGUUACCUGUCACUACUGAAUGCUAAAAAUAGUUUGGCACAGCUACAAGAAGAUAAUUUGAAAGCUCUUGAAAAUGCCAGGAGUGAUAUGAUGAAACUAAUUGAAGAAAAUAAUUUCGUCAUCAUGGGUUUGAAUAACCAGAUCGCCAAUUUACAAGCAAGAUUUGAAAAUGCCAACAUUAAAUCUCUAGAAAGUGAACAGCUGGUACUUCAGAUUAAGAAUAAUGCGGUGAAGAAAAUGAGCGAAAUUGAUCAAGUUAAAGCAUCCAUCUGGAAUGUCUACACUCAUAUGGCGCAUUCGAAGAGACAUCCAGUGAAAAUAAAGAAAGAUAAUGUGGAAGAACAGAUGAUGUACAUAAAACGAACCCUCACGGAGUUGUCGAAGGUCAACUUGAUUUUACGUAAACGUAGUAAAUCGCCUGCGAAAGACAUAAGAAUAAAGAUCAAUUAGAUUACUCGUCUAGGAAUACGAAAAUAGCGACCUCUUUUGUAUAUUUUUAUGAUCUACUAUAAGCAGAUAUAAAUGUACUAAGAAAUUACAAUAAAAACUAUUUUAUCACUA